CUCUCUCUCUCUCUCUCUCUCUCUCUCGUAUGCUUUGUUGAGGUCAACAGCAUGGAAUUAGGAGCAGCAAAUGAAACCGCCAAAGGAAGAUUCGAAAGGGUGUGCGUGUUCUGCGGUAGCAGAGCUGGACAUAAGUCCUCUUUCAGUGAGGCAGCUCUUCAGCUUGGUCAACUCCUGGUGGAAAAGAAGAUUGACUUGGUGUAUGGUGGAGGGAGUGUUGGUUUAAUGGGUCUAAUAUCCCAGACUGUGCAUAAUGGAGGUCGCCACGUUCUUGGGGUUAUCCCUAGAGCGCUUCUUCCUCAUGAGAUAUCAGGACAAACACAUGGAGAAGUGAAAACGGUAGCAGACAUGCACCAAAGGAAGUCAGAAAUGGCAAAGCAUGCUGAUGCUUUUAUAGCACUACCUGGUGGUUAUGGAACCAUGGAGGAACUCCUAGAGAUGAUUACCUGGUCUCAGCUAGGAAUACAUGAAAAACCAGUGGGGUUACUGAAUGUGGAUGGGUACUAUGACAGCUUGCUUGCCUUGUUUGAUAAAGGAGUUGAAGAAGGCUUCAUAGAGGACUCUGCAAGGCAAAUACUAGUUUCAGCCAACACUGCAGAGGAACUCCUCAAGAAAAUGGAGGAAUAUGAGCCAGUCCAUGACAGAGUUGCACCCAGACAAAGCUGGGAAGUGGACCAAUCAUUAGAGUCUACUCAAAGUGGGGAAACUUAACCCUGAGAUCUUAGAUCUUGUUAAUCAUCAGUGGCCUGCGUAUAUAUUUAGAUAUAUGCGCUGGUGUUACUUCCAUUUUGGUCAAAAAGGAAAAGAAAGCAAAAAAAAGAAAUAACUCUCCCUCAAGUGGGCAAUCACCAAGAUCCCAAAUCCUAAUCACUCAUUUGUAUAUUCAUGA